GACAAAAUUCCACUUCAACUGAAUCAACUCCGUGACUCGGUGACCGUGCCAUCGCUUCUUUUUAUAAAGUCACAUCCUCCAGUACUUCCAUCCCACUAGCUAGCUCUUUCAGCUCCUUACCGUCAGACCAUUUCCGCCCAUUAUGACUGAGGCCAAGGAACUCUUGUCGGAGAAAUGGCUAUCCGGUAACCACAUUUCCGUCGCCAAGAGAAACAAGAAGCUCUUCUUGGCUCUUUUCGCAACUCUCUUGCUUGCUGCUGCUAUUGUCGGCAUCGUCGCCGGAGUUAAUUCCCGAAAGAAUUCCGACGAUGGCGACCUCUCGGCUUCCCAUGCCAUACUUAAAAGCUCAUGUAGCAGCACAUUGUACCCUGAUUUAUGCUUCUCGUCUCUUGCCUCCGUCCCCGGCGCAACCGCAAAAUUGUCCAGCAAAAGCGACGUCAUAGAAGCGUCUUUGAACCUCACGAAAAAAGCCGUCCGACACAACUACUUCUCCGUGAAGAAGCUGAUCAAAACCAGGAAGAAUCUCACCAAGCGCGAAAAGACCGCUCUCCAUGAUUGCCUGGAGAUCAUUGAUGAAACUCUGGACGAGCUCCACAAGGCCGUGGAAGAACUCCACGAGUACCCCAACAAGAAAUCACUGUCCCUCCAUGCCGAUGACCUCAAAACCCUGAUUAGCUCUGCAAUAACCAACCAGGAAACUUGCCUAGACGGGUUCUCGCACGAUAAAGCUGAUAAACACGUCCGGGAGGCUUUGCUAGCAGGUGAGAUCUAUGUAGAACGUCUGUGUAGCAAUGCGCUGGCCAUGAUCAAGAACAUGACAGAUACCGACAUAGCCAACGAGAGUAAGACGGCGAAUCGGAAGCUUAAGGAGGUCGAUGCGGAUGAAAUUAAGUGGCCGGAGUGGAUGUCGGCAGCGGACAGGCGGCUUCUGCAAUCAUCUUCCGUGACACCGAACGUGGUGGUGGCUGCAGAUGGCAGUGGCGACUACACAACUGUGUCGGCGGCAGUGGCGGCCGCACCGGAUAACAGUAACACGAGGGACGUGAUCAGGAUCAAGGCGGGGGUAUACAGGGAAAAUGUGGACGUGACAAAAAAGAAGAAGAACAUCAUGUUUCUGGGAGAUGGGAGAACGACCACCAUCAUCACAGCAAGCAGAAACGUGGGGGAUGGAAGCACCACCUUCAACUCUGCCACAGUAGCCGCGGUCGGAGAGGGAUUCCUAGCACGUGACAUAACCUUCCAAAACACGGCCGGUCCUUCGAAGCACCAAGCCGUAGCUCUCCGUGUAGGUGCUGACCUCUCAGCAUUCUACCGAUGCGACAUGCUUGCGUACCAAGACACUCUUUACGUGCACUCAAACCGUCAAUUUUACGUGGGCUGCCUUGUCGCCGGCACGGUCGAUUUCAUCUUCGGCAAUGCCGCUGCCGUGCUACAAGACUGCGACAUUCACGCACGGCGCCCGAAUUCCGGCCAAAAGAACAUGGUGACAGCCCAAGGCCGAACCGACCCCAAUCAGAACACUGGAAUCGUGAUCCAUAAGAGCAGAAUCGGAGCCACUUCUGAUCUGAAACCCGUUCAGAGUAGCUUCCCCACGUAUCUCGGCCGGCCAUGGAAGGAGUACUCUAGGACCGUCAUCAUGCAGACUGCGAUAAGCGAUGUAAUCAACCCUGCCGGAUGGUACGAGUGGAGCGGGACUUUUGCCCUUGACACGCUGUUCUAUGGGGAGUAUCAGAACACCGGGGCUGGCUCUGGAACAUCGAACAGGGUGACAUGGAAAGGGUUCAAGGUGAUCACCAGCGCUACCGAGGCCCAAGCUUACACUCCAGGAAGCUUCAUUGCUGGCAGUAGCUGGUUGGGAUCCACCGGUUUCCCAUUUUCUCUUGGACUUCUAGCUGCUAGAAAACCAGAGGAAAUAUCUUCAGUCUUCACUGCUCAAUCGCCAGUUGAAACUUUAUUAAAUAUGGAUGAUCCAAUCAAGUCCUUCAAGGGCUAUGGCAAGGUUGAUGAGCUUGAAGAGCAGGCCUUCCGGAAAAGGACGCGCAGGCGUCUCUUCAUCCUCGUCAUCUCUGCAGUCGUCUUGUUGACGGUGAUAAUAGGUGCUGUUGCCGGGAUUUUGAUACACAGGCGUAACAACUCAUCGCACUCAUCUAGCCCUGCUCCGGCGACCCAGUUAAAUCCCGCCGCGUCACUAAAAGCGAUGUGCGGCGUGACUCAGUAUCCGACCUCGUGCUACUCCAGCAUCUCCUCCCUGGACACCACCAACACCACCGACCCAGAGGUCCUCUUCAAGCUCUCUUUGCGCGUCGCCAUCAAAGAGCUCUCCGAGCUCGCCGACGAAUUACCCGCCAAGCUUAUUGCUAAGACCAACGAUACCAGAGUAAGAGAUGCUCUAAUCGUCUGCCAAGGACUUUUCGAAGAUGCGGUGGACCGUCUCAAUGACUCGAUAUCAUCCGUAGAAGUUGGUCAUCAGGGUGAGAAGCUCUUGUCGUCGGCGAACAUCAGUGACAUGAAGACGUGGCUGAGCACCACCAUCACCGACCAGGAAACCUGCUUGGACGCACUCCAAGAAAUCAACUCAACACUUCUCGAAAACGUGAAGACCGCCAUUCAGAACUCCACCGAGUUUUCCAGCAAUAGUUUGGCCAUUGUGACCAAGAUUCUAAGUUUACUAGCCAACUUCAACGCUCCGAUACAUCGGAGGAGGCUGCUUGGGUUCGGAGGGAAAUUUCCGGAUUGGGUUAACUCGGGUGAACGGAGAUUACUGGAGAAAUCCAACGCGACGGCGCAUGUGACGGUGGCAAAGGACGGGAGCGGGGACUACACCACGAUCAAAGCAGCGGUGGCGGCGGUGCCAAAGAAAAGCGAAACGAGAUUUGUGAUUCAUGUAAAGGAAGGAAAGUAUUUGGAGAAUGUGAUAUUGGACAAGAACAAGUGGAAUGUGAUGAUUUAUGGGGAUGGGAAGAAGAAGACCAUAGUCUCCGGCAGCUUGAACUUUGUGGACGGCACUCCCACCUUCUCCACCGCCACUUUCGCUGUUGCAGGGAGGGGCUUCUUUGCAAAGGAUAUGGGGUUCAUUAACACUGCAGGUGCUGAAAAGCACCAGGCUGUUGCGCUCCGGUCUGGCUCCGACCGCUCGGUGUUCUACCGGUGCUCGUUCAAUGGCUUCCAGGACACACUCUACGCCCACUCAAAUCGUCAGUUCUACCGUGACUGUGACAUUACUGGCACCAUCGACUUCAUCUUUGGCAAUGCAGCGGUGGUGUUCCAGAACUGCAAUAUACAGCCGAGGCAGCCCUUACGAAACCAAUUCAACACCAUCACGGCUCAGGGAAAGAAAGACCCGAAUCAGAACACUGGCAUCUCAAUCCAAAAAUGCUUCUUCUCUCCGCUGGAUAAUCUCACAGCUCCAACGUACCUUGGUAGGCCAUGGAAGGUCUACUCCACCACUGUCAUCAUGAAGUCUGAAAUUGGGGCAUUCUUGAAUCCGUUGGGCUGGAAGGAAUGGCUCUCCGGUGUUGAGCCGCCCAGCACCAUUUUCUAUGCAGAGUACCAAAAUACCGGGCCUGGAUCGACUGUAGACCAAAGGGUCAAAUGGGCUGGUUUCCAGCCCUCUCUAACCGCAGAUGAGGCCGGGAAAUUCACUGUGGAAUCCUUCAUACAGGGUAGCGGCUGGUUACCGGAAACAGAUGUGAAUUUUGAUGCUUCUUUAUGAUCCGAAAAUAUGGAUUGAGAUGUCUGAUUCCCAAGACCUUUUUCCUUUUCCGACACAAAUUUUGUAUACGCUGGUAGUAAUUUUGGUUUUGCUUGUUUGUAACAUUCUUAAUUCGUAUUAUACACGACACACUCCUGGCAAUUUUUACUAUGAAGAAUGUAUGAUACAAACAAUACAUUUCACAGCAAAGAGUAUUUUUUAUUUUU